AUGAAGAUUUGGACAUCUGAACACAUAUUCAAUCACCCAUGGGAAACUGUGACCAAGGCUGCUAUGCAAAAGUACCCCAACCCAAUGAAUCCUAGCGUGUUCGGAGUAGACGUUUUGGACCGGACAGUUGACAAGCAAGGCCGCCUUCACAGCAAAAGACUUCUCAGCACCGAGUGGGGUCUACCAUCUAUAGUCAAGUCUAUUAUUGGCACCACGCGGACGUGCACUUACAUUCAGGAGCACUCAGUUGUGGAUCCGCAGAAGAAGAGUCUUGAACUUCAGUCCACAAAUAUUACUUUUACCAAUUUGGUGUCUGUGGAUGAAAAGUUAACGUAUAAACCUCACCCUGAUGAUUCUAAAAAAACAAUCCUCACACAAGAAGCUAUUAUUUCUGUAAAAGGCGUAAGUUUGAGCAGUUACCUCGAGGGCCUUCUAGCAAGCAGCAUCUCGGUCAAUGCAGGAAAGGGCCGUGAAGCCGUGGAGUGGGUGAUUCGGCGGCUCAACACUGAAAUUGAGGAACUAGCAGCGACGGCACGUGGAACCAUACGCACCCCCAUGGCAGCUGCUACCAUCACUGACAAAUGA